AAGCCAAGCUGACCAAGUUCCUCUCAAACUCCCGCAGGUGAACUUGCAAGAACAGCAAUGUCACCCUGCCUAAUCUCCCUGCAAAUUCCACCGUUUACUCUAUUCCCGAUUCGAAUUUCCCGCCAUUCAUUCCACUCCAUUUCACCCCACUUCAGAUUCUCACCAAAAUCACCCCCAAAUUCAAUCCAUAUCCACCUCUUGCCACCCAAAUCUCAACCAUCCCGCCACUCCCCCCACCCAUCCAGUACCUUCGAAGACGAUGGCAUACCCAUCGAGGACGUCAAGACAAUCGCCAAAUUUAAGUCCAGGCACAACUAUAUUCGAGUUCUCGACGUUUCUAGAAAGGCCGAUCAUCCUUUUGCUGGCUCCAGGCUUCUCCUCCUUGACGGUCCUGGUAACAUCCACAGCAUUUCAUUCCCCUUCAAGUCGCUCACUGACACCUAUUUCGACGUUUUCGCUACUCUGCCUCCCAUUUUGCCUCCCGGACCAGUGGGUAUUCUCGGGUUUGGCGCGGGCUCUGCUGCUCGAUUGAUACUAGAACUUUACCCAGAAGUUGUUAUCCAUGGAUGGGAGCUCGAUCCAUCUGUCAUUGAAGCGGGGAGAGAGUAUUUUGGUCUUUCGAAGCUUGAGAAACAAUACCCAGAUAGGCUUUUUAUCUACAUUGAUAACGCACUUGGUGCUGAAGUUAAAGGUGGGUUUUCCGGGAUUUUGGUUGAUCUGUUUAGCAAAGGGAGUCUGAUACCGGAGCUCCAGGAUCCGAACACUUGGGUGGAAUUGACAAAGCGUCUGAGAAAAGGAGGGAGAAUAAUGAUGAAUGUUGGAGGGAGUUGUGUAGAGGCGGAGAAUUCACGGAGAGAUGGCAAGAUGGUUAUGGAGGAAACGCUGAAAGCAAUUGGUCGAGUUCUUGGCGAGAACCUUUAUGUUUUAAAUGUUGGAAAGGAUGAUAGUUCUGUUGCUCUUACGGGUGAAUUGCCUGAUGUUGAUGCGUGGAAAGAGGCCUUGCCACGUUCAUUGAGGUUUUAUGUUAAUAUGUGGACGCCGGCUGGCUAUUACUGAGCCCAUUUCCUUUAUCUUCUAGUUUGUCCUGAAAGAUCAUUGAAAGGGUGUGGAAAUAGGUGGUAAUGGGGUGAAGGGACGGUGGAAACUUAUAAUAGAUGAACCCGCUAUGUACUGGGUCUGCUAAGGUGCUUUACCAUUAUUAAGAUUCUGCACAAGCCUUUUGGAUUUGUGAAAAUUUGAUCAAUUUGUGCUGAUGUGAGAAGUGGGAAUGACUCGGUUAAUCCACCAGUUGUUGUGAACCAAAAAUGGGCCUUUUUGGAUCGAGGCCUUCACUAAUGAAGUGUUUAUUUGAUGAUGGUUUAAGCUUGACCUGGGUCCUUGACUUGGGUGGGGUGUUGAAGAGGAUAUAAGGGGUUUCCAAUGAAGAGGAUAUGGGUCUGUUAUAAGUGCUUUACCACUAUUAAAAUGCUGCAUAAGCUUUUUGGAUUUUUGAAAAUUGGAUCAAUUUUGUGUUGUUGUAGAAAUGGGAAUGAUCCAAUUAACAAACAAGUUGUUUUGAACUAAAAGUGAGGCCUUUUUGGAUCGAGGUCUUCACUUAUGAAGUGUUUAUAUGAUGGUUUAAGCUUUACCUGGGUCCAUGAGCUCUUAAGCUUUUCUAUUUGUAUUCUAUCUAUAUUACAUCUAUUUAUUUUUUUCUUUGAUCAUGUUGCGUGUCUAUAUGUAUGAGCAUAAUUUUAAAGGGCAAAUUUAGGUUCCAGCA